CAGGGCCGCAUCACCUCUUCUUCCCUGACUACUCCUCCCCUCUACGCAACACUUUUGCCUGCCGACUGUUCUUGCCGUGCGUUAUUCAGAAUAGAAUAAUAGAACAGAUUACACGGUCAUCAUGUCGAGCGAAUCGCCGUUACCCGAGGCUGCGAAGAACGUGGUCGUUGACACUACUUCUCUUCCAGCAUCCUCUACAUCGUCCGUGUGGGAUCGAAUUUCGAAAUGGGUCUCAGAGAAUAAGGCUCUUGUCUAUACCGUUGCUGGUGUUGCGGUCGUCGUGACCAGUGCUGGUGUCGUCUACUACCUGUCCGACUCGAGCCGGCCAGCAACUUCUCCUGCUUCCGCAGAGAAGAAGAGGGCUAAGACCCAGAAGCGGAGAGAAGAGAAGAAGAAGAAGGCUGAGGAGAAGUCCAAGUCCGCGUCUGUCCAGGACGAGCAACCCGCAAAGAAGACCGAGGAGCCUGCCGAAGAGCUUCCUGAGGUUGAUGAGGCGACUGUUGGUGAAUUGUCGGACGAGACCAGGAAAAGCUACGCCGCAAAGCUCAAGGCAGCCGGUAACAAGGCUUAUGGAUUGAAGGACCACACCAAAGCCAUUGAGCUGUACGGAAAGGCCAUCAUCUGCAAGCCCGACCCAGUCUUCUACUCUAACCGCGCUGCCUGCUACAAUGUUCUGUCCGACUGGGAGAAGGUCAUCGAAGACACCAGCGCCGCCCUUGCAAUGGACAGCGAGUACGUCAAGGCCUUGAACCGAAGAGCCACUGCCUACGAACACCUCGAAAAGUUCAGCGAAGCCCUUCUCGACUUCACCGCAAGCUGCAUCAUCGAUGGCUUCUCCAACGAGGUCAGCCGUGUCGCACUGGAGAGAUUGUUGAAGAAGGUUGCCGACAAGAAGGGCAAGGCCAUUAUCGAGGCCAAGGGCCGCAAGCUCCCCAGCCCGACCUUUGUCUCCAACUACCUUGGAAGCUUCCGCUCGAAGCCCCUCCCCGAGGGUCUUGAAGAGACCGUCGACCUGGCUGAGGAGUCUGGUAAGGGUCAGCUGCGCAAGGGUCUGCUCGCCAUGGCCAAGAAGACCGGUGACGGUUACGAGGAGGCUGCCGCAGCCUUCGAAAAGGCUUUGGAGCUCGGCGACUUGGGUGAAUUCGAGGCCCUCGCUCUCAACAUGAGAGCUACUUUCACAUACCUUGAAGGCAAUGCCGAGUCGGCCCUGGCUGAUCUGAACAAGAGCACUGAAUUGCAGCCAUCUCUGGUUCAGAGCUACAUCAAGCGCGCCAGCUUGCACCUCGAGCUCGGCAACAAGGAAACCGCUGCCGACGACUUUGAGCUCGCAAUCACCCACAACAAGGAUGACCCUGACAUUUACUACCACCGCGCCCAGCUGCACUUCAUUCUCGGAGAGUUCGCCGAGGCCGCCAAGGACUACCAGAAGUCGAUCGAUCUCGACAGCAACUUCAUCUACUCCCACAUCCAGCUCGGUGUCACACAGUACAAGAUGGGCUCCGUUGCCUCCGCCAUGGCCACCUUCAGAAGAUCCGUCAAGAACUUCGAAAACGUUCCGGACGUCUACAACUAUUACGGUGAACUUCUGCUUGACCAGCAGAACUUCUCCGAGGCCAUUGAGAAGUUCGACAAGGCCGUCGAGAUGGAGAAGCAGAGCAAGCCAAUGGGCAUCAAUGUCCUUCCCCUGAUCAACAAGGCUCUUGCACUCUUCCAGUGGAAGCACGACUUCUCCGAGGCCGAGAACUUGUGCCAGAAGGCUCUGAUCAUCGACCCCGAGUGUGACAUUGCUGUCGGAACCAUGGCUCAGUUGCUUCUGCAGCAGGGUAAGGUGUCGCAGGCACUCAAGUACUUCGAGAGAGCUGCAGAACUCGCCCGCACUGAGGCCGAGAUUGUCAACGCCAUCUCCUAUGCCGAAGCCACCCGCACACAGCUUGAGGUGCAAGAGAAGUACCCCCAGUUGGCUGCGCGACUACAGGGCAUGGGCGCCGGUAUGGGCGGUCCUCCCGGCCUGUAAACAAGACAGCCGCAGCGCAGUUAUCGGAGCAGCUUUACUAGGCUAUCCGAUAUGACAAUCAUUUUGAAGAGUCCCUUUUUUAGAUCGAGGUCCUGACCAGACAUAUGCGGUGUUAAUUUUUCCAUUAUUUUAUUAUUAUCUUUUUUUGUGUCCCGGUUUCUUUCCCCUUCUUUUCCCACCAUGCAUACAGACCACGGUGCAUGAUUGUCUGAUCAUCUGGUUCUUGUCCGGUCUC